AUGAACACAACGAAGGAUCAAGACAAUCUCGUCGUGAAAUCGGGCGGUCUCCGCUCCCACGAAGCGCAAACACUUCGUUUCAUUGCAGCAAACACAACGAUCCCUGUACCCAAAGUUCAUGAUAUCCGCUGGGAAGAUGGCCAAGUCGUGGCUAUUGUGAUGGUCUACAUGCCUGGCAAGCGACUCGAUGAAGCAUGGGAUACUUUGGACUCCACGCAGAAGCUCUCCAUUGCCGACGAGCUUCAUUCCUACAUGAAUCAACUUCGUGACUUGAAGGGUGAUUAUAUCGGGGCUAUUGAUCGUGGCAAGGCUAUAAUUGGACAGAUUGCAUCCAUUGAAGGCGGUCCAUUCGAGUCGGAGCAGCAGUUCAACGAGUUUAUCCUGGGAGAUAUUGUCAAAUCAGCACCAGAUUUACUGCGACAUUAUGCCAAGUUUGCGCUUACGGAUAACCAUGAGAUUUGUUUUACUCAUGCUGAUUUCGCCCCGCGGAAUAUUCUUGUUGAAGGAGGCCGGGUCACAGCUAUCCUGGACUGGGAAUAUGCGGGCUGGUAUCCGGAACACUGGGAAUAUAUUCAGGCGCUUGGGCAACUGAAACCGAUGCCUGAGAAUAUCUGCCCCGUAUUCUUCCACCCCGAUAUGAGAGAGAAUACAUAG